CGCUGCUCGCUCUCGCCAAUUGAUACUUAGAUUUGUCUCAGCAUCGCGGCUCUGAACUUGCGAGCGUCCGUCUCCGUCUCUCUAGCUACCAGUGCCCUUUAGGUGUUAGAUUUGGUUUCCUUUUUCUAGCGUGUUGCUGUUGCGUUCGAGGGGAGUUUUCUAGUGAGCGUCGCCAUGGCUGGUAAGGGCGAAGGUCCUGCUAUCGGCAUUGACUUGGGCACUACCUACAGUUGCGUGGGAGUAUGGCAGCAUGAUCGCGUUGAGAUUAUUGCCAACGACCAGGGUAACAGGACUACCCCGAGUUAUGUUGCAUUCACGGAUACCGAGCGACUUAUCGGAGAUGCCGCCAAGAAUCAGGUGGCCAUGAAUCCCACCAACACCGUCUUUGAUGCCAAGAGGUUGAUCGGAAGGCGGUUUAGCGAUGCGUCUGUACAAAGUGACAUGAAGUUGUGGCCUUUCAAGGUUACACCCGGGGCAGCCGACAAGCCCAUGAUUAGCGUGCAGUACAAGGGCGAAGAGAAGACCUUCGCUGCAGAGGAGAUAUCCUCCAUGGUUCUGAUUAAGAUGAAGGAAAUUGCCGAGGCCUACCUCGGUUCGACAAUUAAGAAUGCCGUGGUCACUGUUCCCGCGUACUUCAACGACUCUCAGAGGCAGGCCACCAAGGACGCCGGAGUGAUUGCUGGGUUGAAUGUGCUGCGUAUCAUCAAUGAGCCAACCGCUGCCGCUAUUGCGUACGGUUUGGACAAGAAAGCGUCAUCCGUGGGGGAGAAAAACGUGUUGAUCUUCGAUCUCGGAGGCGGUACCUUUGAUGUGUCCCUUUUGACCAUCGAAGAAGGUAUUUUUGAGGUAAAGGCCACUGCCGGAGAUACUCACCUGGGAGGAGAGGACUUCGAUAACAGGAUGGUGAACCACUUCGUCCAGGAAUUCAAGCGUAAAUACAAGAAGGAUAUUAGCAGCAACCCCCGUGCGCUGAGGAGACUGAGAACCGCUGCUGAGAGGGCGAAGAGGACCCUCUCCUCAACUGCCCAGACCACGAUCGAGAUCGACUCUUUGUACGAGGGCGUGGACUUCUACUCUACCAUCACUCGUGCCAGAUUCGAGGAGUUGAACAUGGACAUGUUCAGGAAGUGCAUGGAGCCAGUGGAGAAGUGCCUCAGGGAUGCUAAGAUGGACAAGUCAUCCAUCCACGAUGUGGUGUUGGUCGGAGGAUCGACCCGUAUCCCCAAGGUGCAGCAAUUGUUGCAAGACUUCUUCAACGGCAAGGAAUUGUGCAAGUCCAUCAACCCCGACGAGGCGGUGGCGUAUGGAGCGGCGGUGCAGGCUGCCAUAUUGUCUGGAGAGGGUAACGAGAAGGUCCAGGAUCUAUUGCUCCUGGAUGUCACUCCUCUGUCUUUGGGUCUGGAGACCGCAGGAGGGGUGAUGACGGUAUUGAUUCCCAGGAAUACGACGAUCCCGACGAAGAAGGAGCAGGUGUUCUCUACCUACUCUGACAACCAGCCCGGAGUGUUGAUCCAAGUGUACGAAGGAGAGAGGGCAAGAACGAGGGACAACAACUUGCUAGGAAAGUUUGAAUUGUCCGGAAUCCCCCCGGCUCCCCGUGGUGUGCCCCAGAUCACAGUGUGCUUCGAUAUCGAUGCAAACGGUAUCUUGAACGUGUCGGCUGAGGACAAGACUACCGGGCAGAAGAAUAAGAUCACCAUCACCAACGACAAGGGCCGUCUGUCGAAGGACGAAAUCGAGAAGAUGGUCCAGGAAGCCGAGAAGUACAAGUCUGAGGACGAGGACCACAAGAAGAAGAUCGAGGCAAAGAAUAGCCUUGAGAACUACGCCUAUAACAUGAGGAACACAAUCAGGGACGACAAGAUUGCAGCCAACUUGGAUGCCGCUGACAAGAAAAAGAUUGAGGACGCAGUCGAGGCUGCCAUCCAAUGGUUGGACCACAAUCAAUUGGCAGAGAGCGACGAAUUCGAGGACAAGAUGAAGGAGUUGGAGAGCGUUUGCAACCCCAUCAUCGCGCGCAUGUACCAGGGAGGUGCAGGAGGUGCCGCGGGUGGUGCCCCCUCGUACGGAGGAGAUGAUGAUGCUGCUCCGUCUGGUGCCGGCCCCAAGAUUGAGGAGGUCGACUAAUUUAUAGAUUGAUUUUUGCACUAUUGUGGUGCUUCUAUUUGGUUGAGCUGUUUAAUUCUUUUGCAGUGAAGCUGUUAGAAGGGAUAGCCACCCCAUUUUUUUUUUUCUUUUUUUUUUCUUUUUUUUCUUUUUCCCCUUUUUCCCUUUAGACGGCGCUAAAUUCAGAAAUUCUUGAGGAAUUCAGCCACUUUCAAGGUUGUACGUUAACUGCCGAAGGAAAUAUACUGCGCUCGAUUCUUGUAAU